AUGGAAAUCGUCUCAAGAGCAUGGGAAUCUGUAGAUUGGGACCGAAUUCAAACAAGAGUGGAGGCUGAAGUGACAGCACUUGGACAACGACAAGAUGACAGUGAAAUUCGUAAAACACGAUUGGUUGAGGAGAGUAAUGCAUAUAGAGGCAGAACUAAUAAGGACAGUCGAAAGGUGGCGAUCCCUCUGAUCAAGGCAUUUCAAAGCGAGUUUGACGGUCUUCUAGCACGGAGCACAGCUGCUGAAAAUGCACUGAUUGAUAUCUGUAAAUCGAUUGUCAGCCUGCCAGACCCGAAAAGUUUGCUGAAAGGUGCAGAAGCCUGGAAGAACGACGCUGAAAAAACACAAAAAGCAGUUGAAGAACGUGAAGAAUUGAAGCGUCAACUGAUUAAAGUGAAUAACGAAUUGGAAGAUCUUCGUGGAAAGGAUGUUAAAGUACGAAAAUUGAAGGAUAAGCUUGCGAAGUUGGAAUCCGAACAAGACAUUUUUAUCGAAAACGCCGUCAACGAAGUCGAAAAAAAGGCGGAACAAGAGCUUAACGAUCGUCUGACAGAGUUAAUCGCUGAAAAAGAGAAAAUGAAAGAACAAAAUGAGAUUUUGGAGAAGAAUAUGGAUAGUCUCGAGUCGAAGAAUAAGGAUAUUCAAAGAAAACUCGAAAUUGCCAAACAAACUGUCGAGCAGAAGGAUGGGCUCGAGAAUGAGCAACUUUCGAUUGCAAUGAAGGAUUUGGCUGAUGCUAAACACAAAAUUGUAUUUCUCGAGGAACGUGUCUCCCAACUGGAAAAUGAAGCCGAAAAAGUGAAUGAAAGUAAAAAAGCGGGAAAUAUAGAAGAUAUUGCUGCACUUGGAAGUGUUCUUGUACAAAAGGAUGACGUCAUUCAACAGCUCACUAAUGACAUUAAACGACAUGAAGCUUCACACGUCGAAGAGCUCGCAAAAUGGAAAUUGGCAGUUUCGGCGGUCGAAAAGAAGAAUAAAACGUUGAUUGGUGAGCUCAAUGAGCUGAAGAAUCAAUUGGAGAGCCGGAAUGAUUAUGAGGCUAUUAAGAAUGAAUUGAGACUUCUUCGCGAAAUCGAAUUCGGAGAUUCUGCCGAAGCGAACGCCGAAUCAAUUGAACGACUCGGUGAAACUGUGGAGACGCUGGAUCGCCUGCUCGCCGAGAAAAAUCGCCGUCUUCAGAAUGAAAAUGCUAGUCUUCGAGUUGCAAAUGAUGGAUUUAAAGGACGAAAUGAGGAGCAAGAAGCCGAAUUGACAGUGCUCAAAGAGAAAUCCGAGAGAAAUGAUCGACUGAUUGCUCAACUUGAAGCCGAUUUGGCCAGUGCUGUGCAGGAUAUUGGGAUCCCCGAACGAAUGGGUACCAACGAAAUGCUGAAAGAUGCUCCAGCACCUACAAUCUCUGAUGCUUCACUUGUUCCAAUCCUUACAUCACAACGAAAUAGACUCCACGAAAGAGUGACGUCACUGGAAGAAGCCAUUUCACUGGAAAAGACGAAACAACUUUCAGUGCAGAAUGAGAUUGAAAGAGUUCGAGAGGAGAAUAUUCGAUUGUGUGAGCGGAUUCGAUUUCUGCAGUCUCCUGGUGGUCAGCAGCAGGCAAAUGUUGAAGCCGGGCUGGGGAAUGAUUUCAGAAACGGAAAUCGAAACAAGAAGGUCUCACUUCAUGACAAAACUACUCUAAAUAUGGGUCGCGCGAUUCUUGCGACUCCAAAAAGUCGUACUGUAUUCUUCUCGUAUCUCCUGAUUCUUCAUGCUCUCAUCAUGCUUGUUCUCUACAAAUUCGCAUUUGAUCAAUCGGUUGUUCGAGAUGCUGAAACCGAAUGUGAAUAUAAAUUCCAUCAACAUAUGCUGGACAAUCAUAAGCAAUAAUUUUUUGGAUUUGAAUUUUUUUUAUUUGUUUCUCCUUUCCCUUCUGAAAAUCUCAUUUCUCUCUGUAAUAGUUUAACUGGGUAUACAUAUAAUAGUGUCGUUGCAUGUCUUUGGGUUUAACCGGUAUUUAAUUUUUUAUGUAUAAAACAAAGGGUCUUGUAUGGAUUUUAUUGUGAAAAUAAAAAAUCGAAUGAAAAUGAAAACCCGAC